AGUGAUUCUGUGCUCGGUAAAUAAAUAGGUUGAGACCUUCAGUUUAGAUCUCAUAUUCGAUGAAUUGUUGAACGAAAGCGCAAUAUCACGUACCAACGACAACUAUCACCAUAAUGGAUUUGGCGCAGCUGUCUCGGAAUAUUUCGCAGCGUUUUUCCAUUUCUUCCCUCAUAACUUUUGGGUUUCUACUCGUUCUCACCAUAACGAAUCUUCACCAAAAUUCAAGAAUUGGAAAAAUGGAAGAGAAAUCACAAGCAAACCGUUUCAUCUCCAAGAAAUCUUUCGAUAAACCUGAUGCCACACCAAAACCCGGUCUCGGAUCAUUGUAUACCCGAUGGGGCAGAACAACUUGUUCUCCUUAUUCAAAACUUGUAUAUGAAGGUGUGGCUGGUGGACAAUAUUAUUCCCAUACUGGUGGCGGAAGUAAUCUCUUAUGUCUACCCCACGAUCCCAUUUGGGCCAAUUAUACUGCACAGGUUGUAGAUGGAGGUUGGAUUCAUGGCACUGAAUAUCAACUAAAACCUUACCUAUUUAAUAAACUCUUUUCUUUUGCUAACGCUAAUGCACUUAAUGAUCACAACGUUCCGUGCGCUGUCUGUUUGACACGACAACCUGUUGUUGUUAUGAUGUUACCAGCCAGGACACAGUGUUACGCUGGUUGGAGAGCUGAGUAUUCAGGAUAUUUGAUGUCCAGUCAUCCCGGGCAUAAGGGCAGACAUGAAUAUGUGUGUGUGGAUCAUGCACCAGAAGCUGAUCCAGCAGGUUACAGAGACGAAGAUGGAGCUUUAUUGUAUUUCGUUCAGGCUGGUUGUGGUUCAUUGCCAUGUCCACCGUAUGUCAAUGGUCGAGAAUUAACCUGCGUUGUGUGCAGUAAACAUUGAAUAGAAAUUAAAUUCGCUUCCAUAUGAAAAGAUGUCUGUGAAUUACAAUAAAUAAUAUAAAAUUUUAAUUGUGUUACCUAAUAUUUUCUUUAAAUUAUGUCUAUCGUUACAAUAAACUUGUGUACUAGUUU